CUGAGCAUGCCUAGAGCACACACAGCAUUGGGAUACAGACAGGAAAUCUAUGCAGGCAACCUGAUGAUGUAAAACGUACAGAAUGCAGCUCUGUUUAUCAUGGUUAUUUAAAAAUUGGUGGCCAGGAAGUCUGAACCUUUUUCCCUGAUGGGUAAUGUGCCAACAGCAGUAAAGCACUGCCUAAGUUACCAACAUCUCCUAAAGGAACAGAUAUGGAUUGGAGAUGUAACCAUACCCGAACAGGAGCCCCAUGUAGCAGGCCUUCCUCAACAUGUCAAGAUAGUAGAAGUUGGACCAAGAGAUGGAUUACAAAAUGAAAAGGAAUUUGUACCUACCAAUAUAAAAAUUGAUUUUAUCAACCGCCUUUCAGAAUCAGGGCUGCCUGUUAUAGAAGUCACCAGUUUUGUAUCUUCAAAAUGGGUACCACAGAUGUCAGAUCAUACAGAUGUCAUGAGAGGUAUAAAAAAACUUCCUGGAGUACAGUACCCAGUUCUUACACCUAAUAUACAAGGAUUUCAUUCUGCGAUUGCAGCAGGAGCUAAAGAAGUGUCUGUGUUUGGUGCAGCAUCUGAGACAUUUACUAAGAAGAACAUAAACUGUUCCAUUGAAGAAAGUUUGUCAAGGUUUGACGGCGUCAUAAAAUCCGCAUACGGAAUGAACAUUCCUGUGCGUGGAUAUGUGUCUUGUGCAUUAGGCUGUCCUUACGAAGGAAGUACUGAAGCUCGUAAAGUGGCAGAGGUAUCAAAACGAUUGCACAGCAUGGGCUGCUAUGAGAUUUCACUUGGAGACACUAUUGGUGUUGGAACACCAGGCAGCAUGAAGAAAAUGCUCGAAGCUGUGAUAAAAGAGAUUCCAGUUCAUGCACUUGCUGUCCACUGUCACGACACCUAUGGCCAAGCUCUCGCUAAUAUUCUUACCGCAUUACAGAUGGGAGUUAGUGUUGUGGACUGUGCAGUAGCUGGCCUUGGUGGAUGUCCUUAUGCAAAAGGUUCAACUGGUAAUGUUGCAACAGAAGAUGUGCUUUAUAUGCUAAAUGGACUUGGUAUUCACACGGGGGUUAAUCAAACCAAAGUCAUGGAAGCUGGGGAUUUUAUUUGCUCUGCCUUAAAUAAGAAGACAAAUUCAAAAGUGGCACUGGCAACACUUCCUCUAUGAUGUGUUUACUGAGCUUA